GAUAGCGUUCGUGGUCUCUCGCCUCGCAGCCCCUUACACUCCCCUCACACUCGCCGCUACCAAGCACCACCACCACCGCCAUGGCAGACCAGGCCCUCUCCUUCGCCAAGGACUUCCUGGCAGGCGGCGUGGCGGCAGCCAUCAGCAAGACGGCCGUGGCGCCCAUCGAGAGGGUCAAGCUGCUGCUUCAGGUACAACAUGCAAGUCAACAGAUUGCUGCUAAUCAGCAGUACAAAGGAAUCAUUGAUUGUGUUGUCCGCAUUCCUAAAGAGCAAGGAAUGCUGUCCUUUUGGCGUGGGAAUUUUGCCAAUGUCAUCAGAUAUUUUCCAACUCAGGCGCUCAACUUUGCCUUCAAGGAUAAGUAUAAGCAAGUAUUCUUAGGCGGAGUAGACAAGCACACACAGUUCUGGAGGUAUUUUGCUGGUAACCUGGCCUCUGGUGGUGCAGCUGGAGCAACCUCCCUCUGCUUUGUCUAUCCUUUGGAUUUUGCAAGAACCCGACUGGCUGCUGAUGUUGGAAAAGCUGGCGCUGAAAGAGAAUUCAAAGGCCUGGGGGACUGCCUAGUCAGAAUCUUCAGGUCUGAUGGUCUGCGCGGUUUAUAUCAAGGGUUCAAUGUCUCUGUCCAGGGAAUAAUCAUCUAUAGAGCUGCCUACUUUGGGGUCUAUGACACAGCAAAAGGUAUGCUCCCAGAUCCUAGAAACACUCACAUUUUUAUAAGCUGGAUGAUUGCACAAUCAGUGACUGCAGUAGCUGGUGUGGUUUCCUAUCCAUUUGAUACAGUGCGACGUCGAAUGAUGAUGCAGUCUGGACGUAAAACAGCUGACAUAAUGUACUCUGGAACAAUUGACUGUUGGAAGAAGAUUGCAAAAGAUGAAGGUGGAAAGGCUUUCUUCAAGGGUGCAUGGUCUAACGUUCUUCGAGGCAUGGGUGGUGCUUUUGUGCUUGUGUUGUAUGAUGAGUUCAAGAAAGUCAUCUAAAAAAAACCCUUACUAGAAUUGUAAGUUAAAUUGACAGAUCAUGUAGAAUAACUUGCCAUUAUGGACCAUUGAUCUUUGAAAAAUUCCUGUGUGGAGUCUUAUUUAUCGGGGCCAGAUUGUGUUUAAGUAGGGCUAGAAACUGCCUUCAGUGAACUGAUAACACUUUGAGAUACCAUUAUUCCGGCAUUGAAACAGACAACUCAGCUUACUGAGUUUGUCUAUUUUUGGUGAUAAUCGUAGUGCUAGCAGUUCUGGGUCCAAGGCAGCUGAACUUCACUGAAGAGCAGCCUGAAGUUUCAAGUCCUAUCUUAGAGGACCAUAAAAUCAUGUUUUGAGAAGUAUUCAUUUAACAAAUCAUGUUUUUCCACUUGUACUUAAGCACUAUGUACUGUUUGCACAGCUGAACAUCUAGCAUUUGUGUUCUCAGAAUUGAGGCAUUCUGUGAAAUAAAAUAAAAAAUUAACUCUGA